UCACCCAGUGAGAGAGAACGAGGCGGGGAGCCGAGAGUAUGUAACCUGCCUACAAAUUAACACCGCAAUCAUAAACUCUAGAGGCGAGUUUCCUCAUGUUUCUCUCUCGUGUCCUCGAGGUUUGCUUUACUGUCGAUACUUAUCUGGCCGUCUAUUCCUGAUCAUUAUUCCGCGUCAAGCAGCCGUCUACUUCUGAGCGACUUCGAUAGCUCACAGAAUACGGAACCCGGCAAACAAGCCCGCACAGCUCUUUCCCGAAUAACUGGAUCUUCGGCUGCCAGACCGGAGAGCCAAGGUGGCAAAUUCAAUACGGACAUACCAAGAGAUGGAUAAUUCUGCGCCCACGAUGACUGUGGGAUAACUGUGCAAAAUGACACGUUUAUCUGAUGACCGAAAAAGCAAAAGCGGCUUGGCGUUUUAAAUCUUACAAACUCGAAGAUGGACAAUUACUUUUCCCCUAUUUUAUCAGUAUGAUAAGAUCGUCAUAGCAGAGUGGGAGUUUGUUCAAAUAUUCCCGACAGACACACAGCAUUAUAGGACUAACACAAAGCAACCGAUGUAAAGACUAAUUUAGGAAUCACAGAUUAUCAUUUUUGACCUUUAAUGUUUAUCCAGGGACCGUUCUAGUACGACUAAUAGGCGACGUGGAUCUCAAUCAAGCCAAGAGGAGCAGCGAAGAACGCAUGCUUUGGGCAUGGUGCCUACGCCCCAGGUGUGCGUAUCAACCCUGGUCACGGUGAGCACCAUGGCAGUGGUCGACCUCUACCUGCUGGAGCAGAGCAUGCUGGGAGCCCGUGGCAAAGCCGGGCCCGGCGUGUGGCCGUGCGCCGCUGUGUUGCUAGGUGACCUGGGCUUCCUGCUGGCUCUGCGUUUCGUGUCGGCGGGAGUGGUGUCUGAAGCACACUCGCCUCGCCGAGGCUUUGCCAACGCACUCUGGUUCCUCUUCCUGUCCCUGCUCCAGCUCAAACUCUUCUUCGUCUGCCAGAACUACCGAAUGGAACGCCGACCGCCCGACCCCCUGGCCAGGAAGACGCUCACCUUGCUGCUGUCAGUCUGCCUGCCCUCCCUGUUCCUCAUCCUGACUGGGGCUGACAACAUGACGCCCCUGCGAAGGAAACAGGAAGUGCGAGGGAGGCUGCUCUGGGUGGUGGUGGACCUGCUGGAUGUUCUGGACCUGCAGGCAGGGCUGUGGGAAGCCCACACAGGGGCCACUGACCUGGGGGUACCCCUGUGGGCCGAAGGCCUGGUGUUCUUCUAUUGCUACGCCCUGCUGCUGCUGCUGCCCUGCGUGGCCCUCACAGAGCUGGGGGCCGCAGCCCUGCCGGGACAGAGGGGGCCCCGUAAGGAGGCCCUGUACCCCUGGCUUAGCCUGGUCACCAUCAACGUGUUCACAAUGGCCCUCAGGGGCACAGGCAUGCUGUGGUACAGGGACCCCCGGGUCUCGACAGUGUUCCUGGGGAAGAAUCUGCUGGCCCUGGCUGUGAAGCUGAGCUCUGCCUGGGAGAGGCACAAGCAAGGUGGGAGCAGGGGGACAGGGAUGGGGGCCGGGGCGGGAGUAGAGUCAAGUAUGGACUCCACCCUGGCAACCCAGAGCUCAGAGCAGACAGAAGUCCAAACCCAAGGCAAAACCACCCCCAGGCCACCCUCUCGCAACCACACAAUGUCCCGCUCCCACAGCCACUCCGUGUCACACAUCAGUCUGGAUCCCACAGAGACCUCUCUGGGCCCUUCCUUCAUCUCCCAUGAACUCUAGAAACUGUCCAGACAGACAGCUUAACAGCUGAAGCCGAGCUAUCGGAACUCCCCAGUUAGGGAAGCAUUUAGCACUGAAGAGUGAAGACCGUUGGCCUCACACAGACCAACAAACUAAAAACAACACGUACACCCCAUGCUCUGUGGACCAACCAAGGCAAUCACAUCAGUAACUCAUUCAAUUAGCUCACUUUGGUUAAAGGGAUGAUUUAUCCACCCCUGGGUCCUGGCAGCCUGUAGUAUUUGGUUAUCCGAGGGAGAGAGAAGGCUCAGGGCUGGGGCAGAGUGAGAGAUGUACAGCGAAGAAGUGCCUCGCUUUUCAAGGAGCUACAAUCCUCAGUACUGGUUCCACACAGACAUGAUUUGCGUCAUAUGGGACUCAGACAUAAAACCAUGGUGUGAAUCAGUGUGUGUACUGUGAAAGCUCUUCCACAGCUCUUGUCAGCUACACCUCCAGGACAGCUUCUAAACUGUAAUAAAGUGUUUCAUACUCACAGGCUCGGACACUUUAUUGGCCAUGUGUGGGAGGGUAUUGGCAGCCUGUCACCACAACAUUGGAGAAGACAGGAUCAGAGGCUGACCAUUCACAGUUAGAGGGCCUCAGGGGUAUACUAGAUGUCACUAACUUUCAAAACAUCCACUGCAUCAAAGCAAAUGUGUUUACCCUUUACAUAUUCAGUGAAAACUUCAGCAUUUCUUUGUUGAAGAUACAGGCCAAUGUUAUGGAUCGGGAGCUGCUGGGGUGAAGCCCUCCACACAUCUGAGGCAGGCAGUGCAAUGUGCGAAGAGAGAGUGACAGACAGCGGAACAGCUAUCAUUUAUCACAAUUAGACCAGCAGCACCAGCCUGAUAGGCAUGCAGUGAUCCUUCAGCCAGCCGUCUGGCUGCUGGUCCGGCUUUAAGGUUUCAACAGUAGAGCCUGUAGAUGUGCUAAAGUUUGUGUGUGUGCUGAGCGAUUAAUCAUCAUUUGAUUUUUUUCAAUUAUUAAGCAACUAAUUGAACGAUGUCGGUUCAAUUACUUGAAUUCCAUUUAUUUUUUGUGUGAGCCCAACACGCUGUUUCUCAAAUCAUUCACGAAGGAAAUCAAGUCAAGAACUAUGUGGGAUGCUAGGCUGAAGGGUGUUGUAGUGUUCACUAAGCAAAUAUUCAACUUAAUUACCACAUUUCUGUGCUGAAUUAACUACAAUGACCAUAAUCUACUGCGCCAGCUUUUUCACUCGCCAAAAAUCAGCCCAAUGCAUUUAUAUGGGCUUAUUUUGAAGCUAAACUUGCAACCUGCCUUCUCGCCUUUGGGACAACACCCCUUGUUAGGGCAGCGACAUGAGCAUAUCAACAUUAUAUACAGAUCUCUGGACGGAUGCAAUUUUACGCCUGCUAUGUUAGGUUUAGAUAUACACAGACCGUAUGAGAGAGGAAUGUACACAACGAGGGACAGAGACAGUUCUGGAAAGUAUGCCUCAUCUACUUUGAAGAAGUAGUCAAAUGAUUGACAGGCACCUCUACAGCAUACUUAGGCAGGCAAGCUAAAUAGGAUGACUACAGACAGUCCAGUAUGAGGAGAACAUAACAGAUGGCCUGGCUGGCUGACUGCUAUUGCCUGAGCAGAGAUUAAAAAUGAAAGGAAUUAAAAAGAAUAAAGCAGUCAAAUAAAGCAAAGUAAUAUAAACUGAAAUAUUGAAUGUCAUAGUAAUAUCCUAUUGAGGUCUACCUGAUCAGAGACAAUAGAAUAUUUUGAAUGCUCACCAUUUGGGGCUUUGGAAGUUCCAUUAAUUAAUAAA